AUGGGGAAAGGCAACAACCUCUAUGCCGAGGAAUGCGUCAUAAAAUAUGGAAAAGUAGUUGGAAUAUACAAAUUCCAAUACCCGAUUCUCUUUGUGUCGGAUAUUGACAUCGCGAAAAGGGUUCUGGUGACCGAUUUCAACAAGUUUCCGAACCACUGGGACAUUCCUGCUGCCGGUUUCCCACUGAAUGGUACUUUGCUUUACAUGAAAGGCCGACGAUGGAAAGACGUCCGUGCCAUCAUCACACCAGCAUUCACAACAAGCAAGCUCAGACAGAUGGUGGAAAUAUUCAGCGAUUGUUGCGGCCCUCUUCUUGACAACAUGGGAAAGUCUCACGCCGAAAACAAACCGCUCAACACAAAGAAGAAUUACCUGGGCUUCUUCAUCCAAACCAUCAUGGCUAUUAUCUACGGUCUGGAUGUCCAGUGUCAGGCCAAUCUUGACCAUCCGUUUGUGACCAAGGUGGAGAAAGCAUUCCAACCAUCCAUGGUCACGUUGAUCCCAAUCAUCUUUCCAAUACUGGGACCACUUUUCGAAAUGAUGGGGUCCAACAUUAUCCCUAAAGACGCGGUGGACUUCUUCAAGCAAAUCAUAGAGGAUUCCUUUCAAGGAGGAGUCCAGAUACGACAGCGGCGCGAGGGUGCCGCAGGGUAUGUUACCAUGAAUGAAAUGUACCAGAAGAACACAGAGUUCCCAGGAGAUGUUCCGACUGAAGAAGAUCUGGCCAAGGAGGCUGCCGGUAAACCGAAGAAACUUACCUACAACGAGUUCCUCUGCGCGAAUGUUCUCUUACUGUCUGGCGGUAACGAGGCAACGUCGACAUUCCUGCUGUGCGCCACCUAUCAGCUCGCACUGAGUCCCGAAGUACAGGACAAGAUGAUUGAAGAGAUCGACAGGCUUGCACCGACACCCGCCGACAUAACCUACGAGACCAUGAGCAAAAUGACGUACCUAGAAAUGGUGAUACAGGAGUGCUUCCGCAUGUACCCACCAACCUUACUAGCUGACCGUGUCUGCGCAGAGACUGUUACCUAUGGCAAGUACACCCUGAAGAAAGGCCUUCUGGUCAACAUCCCGUUUUAUCCCAUUCAACAUGAUGAAGAAAUCUGGGCAGAUCCAGAGAAGUUUGAUCCGGAAAGAUUCAGCCCCCAGAAUAAGGACUCCGUCCACCCUCUGGGGUGGAUUGUCUUCGGCGCCGGUCCGCGUAUCUGCAUCGCCGUCAAAUUCGUCAUGCUCCUGGCAAAGGUCUUCAUGACCCGCGUCUUCCAGAAAUACCGCUUCGAGGCAUGCCCUGAAACGCCGAUUCCUCUGACGUUCGGGAAGAUGACAAUGCUGGAGCCACAAAAUGUCUUUGUGCGUGUGAUGCCAAGAAAGGAUCGUUAAGACUCUCCGAAUUCACGGGAAAAGUCUAAGACGCGACGGAUGAGAUAGCAGACGAAAGAUUAAAAGAUUGGGUUACCUAUACUUCAGUGUGUAAUAUUUUUCAGUGAGAACAAAUCAAUGCAUAUUGAUACAAGGAUGUAUCUUACCUAUGAAAACACUUUUGUUAAAAAUUAAAUAGUUAUGGAUUAUGAAUUUUUCAUUGAUUUGUUUAGAUUGAGCAAAAGAGAGUGACGUAUUACACUAUUAUCUGUCUCGUAGAAACUCCUUAAACUAGUGUCUAUAGAAAACAAAUUCAUCCAAUUUUUGUUUUUGUCUAUGGCAUGUGAGAUGUCAUCAGAAGCUGUGGACAAAAACAUGGUUGUAACGUUAGGGUAAACAUUCAAUUUUGGGUUCAAUUUCGAGAAAUUGACCAUUAUGCAAAAUGUGUACACUACAAAUGUCUAUUUUUACUUUUACAUUUGCGAAUUUUCUUUGCUAGUGAUCAUACACUCAUACU